AUGGCGUCGUACUCCGAAGCGUUCGUCACCCCGCCGCCGUCCCAGGCACGCGCCCGUCUGAUGAUCUCUGCCGACGUGUCCAGGCGGAGCCAUUCCGCCGCGUUCGAGAGCAGGCCGCGGUUGCCGGCGGCAAGAGCGGGGAGGGACCGCAGCAGCGGUGGCCUGCGGCCGCGCAUGCAGGACGCACCGGCUGCGGCGGCGCUCGAGACGAUCGAAGACGCGCAGACGGCGAUCGUUCGAGCGGCAGAGACGAGAGACGUCGAUCCGGACACCGUCAUCGAGGCCAUCCGGCUUAUCGAAAAGUCGGGGGGGAGCAAGAAGCCGCUCGAGGGAAGGGACAGCUCGCAGCCCAAGUUCGACCUGCUCACGGACAACGGGAACUGGCGCCUCAUCUUCACCACCGGGGACGUGAAGACGCAGAAAAAACUCGGCGGAAAGAUUUCGUACGUUCCGAUCAAGGCAGUCCAGGUCUUCAACCCGGACUACACGAUCACAAACGGCGUCUACCUCGGCUCCUUCCCGGUUCUCAAGUUCUCCGGCACUUUCACCUGGGCCGAGGAGAAGGCUCGCCUCGAGUUCACCUUCAAUGAGGUCGGGGUCCUCGGGCUGAAUUUCCCGUACAACCAGGGGGAGAGCAAGGUACCGCCGGGUUUCACCUUCAUGGACAUCUCGGACCGUUACGUUAUCGCUCGCGGGGCCGGUGGUGGGCUCGCCCUCUGGCUCCGGCAAGAUACUGUGUAA